GGAAGUGGAAGCCAUCUUUUCGAAUUUUAAAAUUUCGAAGUUGGUAUAGUUUUUUGUGGAUUUUCUCACCAUCUGUACACACUUAACGAGGAAUGACUUUGCGAGCAGCUUUCCAAGGUAAAACAAAUGACAAAAUAUUGAGACGACACCAGAAAAAACGCCAUCAUGUUUAAUUUUAUGAAAAAAGACAAAGAAGAAAGAGAACGUAAGAAAAAAGAGAAAAAGGAAAAGAAAGAUAAAAAGUCCAAAGAUAAAGAACAACCGCUCACCCAAGAGGAAUUACAACGUCUAGAAGCAGCAAGGCAGGGAUUACUCCGAUCUGGAAGUGAUGUCGGUUACUCCCGCCCUACAGCGGGAAAUGAAGUGGAGAGGUCAAAGAGCUAUAAAGAAAAGCGUGAACUAUUCGAAUCGGGAAGCCAAUCUAGUCUUAACUCCAAUGGAUCAAACAAUCCGAACAGUUCAACGUUUGUUAGUUAUACUAAAGUAGAAUUAGGUGGUAACGGACAGAAACAAGGACAUGGCCCACCAGUGCCUAUUAAACCCAAACGUGGCAUUUUGAAAGAUAAAUCAAGCUAUGGAGCAGGUGUAUCCCACCCUAUUCCAAACCCAGAUGAUAUGCUUUAUGGGUCAGCUCUUUUAGAGGAGGUCACUCUCAAGAAUGAAUUAAUGUCUGGGGAGCAUACUCCUGUAAAUCGCCCCCCACCUAGUCAAAACCAACCCACCCAAGCCAAAGCUUUUAAAUCAGUUCCACCAAUAGUUAUUAAAUCUGUAGAAUCAUCUUCUGCUCACCAAUCAGCUUCUAAUGGUAUUGUUAAUGGUGACAGAGAGAGGUCAAAUUCGGAGAAAUCUGAUAAUGAAGUUCUACCAAAUUUUAGUGAUAUUCCGCCACCACCUUUGUCACCUUAUGAAAAAACCUAUGAUGUGAAUCUGAAACUUCCUCCGAUUGCACCGCCCAAACCCUCAAGAAUUCGAACCCUGCAGCUUAAACGACAACCCAAAGGAGAUUUUGGGUUCACAUUACGUCGCGGCUCAGUCUUAGAACGAGGCUAUGAGGAUAACUCAGAGCGGAAACGAACCGUUAUUUUCGCUGAACCUGGAAUGGGAUUACGCAAUGCAGCAUCGACUGGAUUACUACCCGGAGACCGUCUCGUAGAAGUCAAUGGAGUUAAUGUUGAAAACUCAUCCCGAGAAGAAAUCGUUGAGCUGAUCAAGAAAUCGGGAGAUGUAGUUGAGUUGAAAGUGCAGCCUAUCCCUGAAUUGAGUGAAUUAAGCUCAAGAACAAGCAACGAUGGGGGAGAAGUUCCACUAGAUGAGCAUGCAAAGACUGGAACUCUUCAAAGGAGUGGCAGUAUGAGAUAUAAGAAACAACAGGCCAGAUCAGAUGUGCAGCUUGCAGAGACGAAGGCGUGGUCUGAUGGCAAUCACGUAUGGCUGGUACACAAAGGAGGCUUUGCGGGAGGCAAACUACUCAAAGAGGCACCUGAGAAGGAUGGACACGUUAAGAUUCAGUUGGACCAUGGGGAGGCGAUUCUUGAAGUCGAUGAGGAAGAUGUUCACAAGGCAAAUCCACCAAAGUUUGACAGAUGUGAAGACUUGGCAUCACUUCGAUACUUGAAUGAGAGCAGUAUGUUGCAUACUUUACGUCAGCGCUAUGGAAGUAACCUGAUCCAUACAUACGCUGGUCCCUCAUUGGUCGUUUUUAACCCCAUGCAUCCUCUGUCCAUUUACUCGGACAAGGUGAUCCAGAUGUUUAGAGGCUGCAAACAAGAAGAUAUGCCACCUCAUAUUUAUGCCACAGCGCAAGUUGCCUACAGAUCCAUGCUAGCAACACGUCGUGAUCAAUCCAUCGUCUUUCUUGGUCGAAGUGGAAGUGGGAAAACGGCAAAUGCGAAACAUGUCAUGCAUUAUCUGACGGCAGCUGCAGGAUCAGUCAAUAAUUUUGUUACAGUUGACAAGCUCAACGCUACAGGGGUGCUUUUAGACGCUUUUGGGAAUAGUCGGACUAUAAUGAACACAAACGCUUCAAGGUUCUCCCAGAUUACAAGCCUUGAUUUUGACCAUUCGGGUCAAAUUGCCGGUGCUUCCAUACAGGUGCUUAUGUUGGAGAAAUCACGGGUUGCUAGGCGACCAGAGGGAGAGCCAACUUUUCAUAUUUUCUAUCAGAUGUUAGCGGGUUUAAGCUCAGAGUUGCGUAACCAAUUGCAGCUGAAUACACUGAAUGAGCCCAACCUGUAUAUGACACCACUACAACGUGCUGAAGAUCGUCAGAAAGCUUGCCAGUCCUGGGCGAAGAUCCAGCAUUCUAUGACCAUAUUAGGUAUACGGGAUGAUGAAAAGAUCGCAUUACUCUCUGUCUUGGCAGCAAUUUACCAUUUGGGGACAGCAGCCGCUGUAAAAGGGAACAGUGGGAAAUACCAAUUUGCACGACCAGCUGCAGCUCAGAAGGCUGCUAGUGCCCUUGGGACAACCCCUGAGGAUCUUGCACGGAACAUUUUCUCCCCAGCCCCAACAGCCUCUCUCCCUAGACCUUCUCAGUCCUUCAGAAGUCCAUCUCCUCUUGGAAAAAUGGAUUUUGCCGAGGUGUCCAAUGGUAUUGAAGCCCUGGAAGGAUUUGUUACAGGCCUCUAUUCUUCAGUCUUUGAUGCCCUUAUUAGUCUUAUUAACAGAGCAUUGUUGUCGAAUCAUCGUAGUAACAACUCAAUCAUUGUGGUAGAUGUCCCAGGAUUCCAAGCUCCUGCGUUAUGUGGCAGGACUGGUGGUGCCACCUUUGAUGACUUGGGUCACAAUUACUUGCAAGAACGUCUCCAAUUGUUGAACCAUGACCUGACUCUAACAUCCCAGUUAGACGUUUAUGCACAGGAAAACCUUGACCUUGAUCUAGAGGAGGUGCAAGGAAGUCCAGAGGCAAUGGUCAGCCUUUUAGACAAAGCUUCACAGCAGGCCAUGGUGAGAUCUGGUAACAUCAGUGACAAGGAACAAAGAGGGUUGCUAUGGCUACUAGAUGAAGAAGCCAUUUUCCCAGGAUCCUCAGAGUCCUCUUUUAUGGAGCGACUCUUCAUGCAUCAUGGUAGCCCUGCCGAUAAGCUACUAAGUCCUAAGCGAAAGGCACGUGAACGGCGUCAAGGGCAAGGAAUGUUACGUCAUGCCAACAAUGAAAACCAGUUUACUUUGGCUCAUUUCCAAGGCAACUGUCCCGUGACUUAUGACUGCACUGGUUGGUUGAAACUGUGUCGGGAAAAUCCAUUGACGAAAGCCGCCGCGACAGUAUUAGCUGACUCACAGAAAGAGAAUGUGAACUUGUUAUUCAGCACAAUGCGAGGGCCAACAAGUAGCAGCAUGACAGGGUCACUGGUGGGAAUGGAUGGUACAUCCUCUUUACGACGUACAUCAAGUUUACGACGAUCCUACACUACAGGAACUGCUGGACUCAAACGUCGCUCAGUCUGUUUGCAAAUGAAGUUUCAAGUGGACUCCCUAUUGGAUACUCUACGCAAAAGUACAAGUCACUUUGUGCAUUGUCUUCUGCCGCAACACAAUGCUGGCCUAUGUGAUUUGAAGACCCCUGUAGUGGCAAAGACGGAAGAUGAUAUCGUCCUCAAUGUUCCCCUUCUUAGAAACCAGCUUAGGGGAUCACAGAUCUUAGAUGUCAUCAGAAUACACAGACAAGGUUUCCCUGAACAUAUGCAGUUCUCCGAAUUUGUGCGAAGAUUUGGUGUGUUGGUGGAUGCCAAGAUGAACACAGAAGAUGAGAAAGAAAAUGUAGAACAACUGAUUGCUUUGCUAGAAGUUGAAAGGAAUAAUCAUAAACUAGGGCUUAGUCAGGUGUUUUUCCGUGCUGGAGGACUUGCUAGACUUGAAGAUGCACGAGACACCAAGAUUACUGGACAACUGGUCGUCUUUCAGGCGAAAUGCCGUGGCUACCUGGCCAGGAAGAAACUCCAACAACUCAAAGUUCAGCAUUUGGCAGUCAGUUGUAUCCAAAGAAAUGUCCAGAAGUUUAUGGGAAUCAGGGAUUGGACAUGGUGGAAACUAUAUACCAAAGUACAACCUUUGCUCAAUGUUCACCGCACGGAGGAAGAACUCAAAGAAAGAGAGGAGGAAACUGAACUAUUGAAAGCGAAACUGGAGAAAGUGGAAAAAGAGCGCAAUCAGUUGAGGAUUACAUGCGAGAGACUGGAAACUAAGCUUAAUGAGUUGACAGCAGACUAUGCCGAGGAGAAUGCCACAUCAUUACAGGCCAGUGAGCUACUUGAGGCAGAGACGGCAGAUAGGUUACGUUUGGAGAAAGAAUUACGAGAAUUACAGGCAAAAUUUAACUCAAGUGAAAAGCGUAACUACCAAUUGGAGAUGGAAGUCACACAGACCAGGAUGUGGAAUGUCUCAGCCAUUGAUAGUGACGAAGAUGAAACAGACGGUGACUCUAUCUACAAGGAUCGCUAUGACAAACUAAAGAGGGAGCUUCAGAUGACUCGUCAACGUCUCACGCAGGAACACACUGAGGAAAUGGAUCAAGCGACCAAUAAACAGAAGGCAUUGGAGCGCAAAAUGAAUGAGAUGAUUGAAGAGAAUGACAAUCUUCACCGCCAGAUUCAGAAUCUGCGUCGUAAAUCUAGUCGCUUGACACAGGAACAGAAUGACGCAAAAUUACAUCUCGAUGAACAGAUCAACCGAAAUUCAGAUCUGGAAAAGAAACAACGAAAGUUUGACACGGAGCUAAAUAAACUGACCAAUGAGCUUAAAGACGAGAAGCACCAUCGAGAAAAGUUGCAGCGGGAAAGAGAUGAACUACAGGGAGAAAAGUACACAAUAGAUCAGGCUUAUAAGACAUUGAAGAUGGACUCAGACAUGCAGACGGAGAAACUGCAGACUCUUGAGAGAGAUCUGGAAGAUUUGUCAUCCAAAGGAAGUAAAGAUUCAGAUAAACAGAUCCUGGCAUUGAAACGUGCAAAAGCAGAGCUUGAGGCCAAGGUGACUGACCAGGAAGAAGAACUUGAUGAACAAGCUGGAACUAUACAACAACUAGAGCAGGCCAAACUGAGGCUGGAGAUGGAUGCUCAGAAGUUGCGUCAACAGCAGAAUAAAGAGCAAGAAGAACGAGACACUGAGAUUGAAGAGAUGAGAUACUCUACCCAAAAGAAGGUCAAGGCCAUGGAAGUCCAACUCGAUGAAGAAUACGCAGAAAAACAGUCAGUAAUUCGUGAAAAGAAAGAUUUAGAAAGACAACUUGCAGAAAUGCAAGACAUUGUACCCAAUAGGGAUCGUGGAGUGGAAAAGAGGCUGCGUAAUGAUUUGAAACGAACACGUGCUUUAUUGCAUGAUGCGCAAACAAUGUUGGAAAAACAAAAGAAAGAUAUGGCAGGAAAGAGCGCAAUUAAGCAGCUCCGAAAUCAGCUUGACGAUGCAGAGUUUGCAACGGCAGCGGCAGUAAAGGCCAGGAAAAGUAUGGAGUCUGAAAUAAGCGAUCUACAAAGACAGAUUGAUGAUGUCACCAAAUCUAAGGCUGAUACUGAAGAGAGAUACAGUGUUCUAAUGAGAGAGAAGAAUGACAUCCUCACAAACCUAGAAGACUCUGAGGAAGAAAUGGCUGAAAUCAUGAAGAAAUACAAGGCAGCUGUACAACAGCAUUCUGUUGACCAGAUCACUUUGAGGGAUAACUCUGAGCAGAUAGAACUUCUCACCAAAGAGAAAGAACUUCUCAAAGAACAGGUUUCAUCACUGGGUAGCAAAGUUGGUUACCUAGAGGGCAGCACAGUAGAUAAACACGUCCAAGAUCGCCACGAGGCGAGAAUCCGAGAAUUAGAAUCCCGUCUCCAGUAUGAGGAAACAACGAAACAACGACUAGAAUCCCAAACAACACGUCAUAAACAACAAGUUGAAAGUUUAACUAAAAACAUUGAUAUUUCUAAAAGUAAUGAAACCCAAGCACAGGAUCUGUUGAAGAGAGUCCAGCGGGAAUUGAGGGACUUGCGAGAAGAGACUGGGGACAUCCAGGCCAGGGAUGCAGAAAGUACUCAAAGGAAAGCAGACCUAGAGCGUAAAGUUGAGACACUGGAGAUAGAAUAUGAAGAGAGCCAGGCAGACUUGAAGCUUGCAUUUAAACGAAUUCAGGAUCUACAGGCAGUUAUAGAAGAAGAUAUGGAUUCUGAUCUCUCACUUACAGAUAGUGAAUUUGAAUCAGACUCGGAUUUAGACGAUUCCUACAUGAUUCCAUCUCCAAGUCAUCGGACAGGAAGUCACAGUAGUCUCGAUCGGGCACCCCCUAUGGCCAGCAUUGAUCUUCACAUGCCCAGUAAUAACCAAUCAGAAUUAUAGAAUCAUCAGAGGGCAGGGGACUCCAUAAACCAAACAAAAAUAUAAACAAAGUUCUUCAAGAUGACAUUGCAAGCAGUAACCAUGGCAAACUAGGACCCCUUGAUAUAACUGAAGAUGGAGAUAGUUCUGAAAAUAUUAAAAUGGAAACGACAGGAAAAACCAAAAUAGAAAAAACACGAAGUUAUACAGACUCUGAUGUUUUUGAUUAUGGCGAAUCAAAAACUAAGAAAUACGGAAGAAACAUAAACAAUACUACAGCACAAGAUACAAUUAUACAAUAUAGUGACACAAAUAUUAAUUUUAGUAACGCUAACAUUCAAGAAAGUAACGCUAGCAUUCCUCAAAGUGACUACAAGGAUUUCACGCAAGAAAUGGAGUUAAAUUCGCCAUCGUCUCCAACCGUGAAAAAGAUUUAUGAAAACGGAGCUUUUCUCUGAAAUUGGUAGCUUAACUCAAAUCCAACAGUAAGCCUGUUUAGGACUGAUAAUUUCUCAUUUAUAAACAUUAAUGAUACAUUUUGAUGAUAUCAUCUAAACACCUAAAAAUUCUAUGAAUAAAGUUAAGCAGUUGUUUUUUAAAAAGUUGAAUAGAGUGAAAAAUGGGCCCAGGAUGUGACAGCAUUAAUAGGCAUAAGGUUAACACUCUAGAUUUUAAAGAAAUUUGGCGAAAAAUAAGUUAGUUAUUUCAAAUUCCGGAGACCAAUGGUAUGAAAUUAGCAUUGGAAUAUGCAAGUUUUAGUGUGGGAGGAUGGACAUUAUUUCUGAAUAACACUAAUGUGAUAAAAUAUAUCUAAUCCCCUAAUUUUAGAUCAAAAAGGAUCUUGAUAUCUAAGUAUGGUUUUCAUUAAGUAGAUUAAGUGGAAUCAGAGCUCAUGACUUUUAUAGCCUUUGCAAAGAUUGAAAUUCCAUCUCAUAUUACUAAGUCGCUUAAAAAAGCAAUACAGUAAAACGUUUCAAUGUGAAAAUUUCUUUUUGUUGAUUUUAUUACUGGUCACUCAACUGUUUGACCAAGUAAUUGAUUAAUCAGCUGUAAAAAAAAUAAUUUUACCUGUAAAAGUUAUUUCAACAAAAUAUGUUUUUUAACAUAAGUGGCGUGCAGAGCUAAAUUACUCAAAUAUGAAUAAAAGGAAACUGUUUUUGUGAAAGUGUUCACUGUGUGUGGAAUGUUCUCUGCUUGACACUUGCAUUCUGAUGAUUAAGGUGGCUCUAGUAUGGCAGCUUUGUGCCUCUGUAUCUAUGACAACUGUACGCAGCCUUACAUGAAAAAUCCAAUGCUUCACCUACCUUAAGGUAGGCUCACUAGGACAACCUUUGACAUGUUGGCAUGAAGACAGUAUGAAGACCAACACAUAAAAUAUUCUAUCUGUUCCCACCUUAAUCUUGCUUUUAACUAGCAUCUUGAAUUCUCCUAGAUCAUUGUCUUUAUACUAUUUUCUACAGUUUGGCUCAAAAUAUUCUAAAAAAUAUUUGAUAAUUAUCAAGUAAAUCAUACAUGUAAGUCAGCAAGUUAAUAAUUGUACCAUAAAUGUAUUAAUCCAUCCAAACAAUUAUUUAACAUGUUAUAUUUUGUUAUCAGCUUUUUAGGCUGAAAUUUUUUCACCAAGUAUGUAUUUUUAUGAGGCAGUCAAAUGUCAAAUUAUAGUUUGAACUAGAUUGGGGGAGGGAAAGUGGGACAUUAUUAUUUAACAGACUUUUAAUUAGACAUUAAUUGAAAAGGUAUCUAUCAAAUGACAAAGUUAGAUAUUCAUAUAUGUUUUUGAUGAUUUCGUUACAUUAAUGUAAUCAUACACAUCUUGAUAUGAAAUAAUUUGUUAAAAUACUGUGAAUAACAAUAGGUGUAUCAUUCUUUUAUCAUUCAUGAUGUAAGUCUUGGCGUGAUAUAAGCACCUCAGAGGCUUUCAAUCCCCCCAGCCGAUUUCUAAAGCAUUUCUAAGAAAGCUAUAAUUAAUAUGGCAAAUUGUCUGUUUUUAAUGGGACCUGUUACACAGCCAGGUAGAAUUGUUUGCUUACUAAUUAUUUUGACAACUAGCUUUGUAACGAAGGAUGUUGUGCCUGUGAAACACCUCAAAGAUCCUUGUUAAGAAGCUUUUCGUAAAAAUGCUUCAUUUAUAAUUUUAACAUGUACUAGGUGAAUAACCACAAUGACGUACUUUGGCUGCACUCUUAGUACAGUGACAUUGCGAAAGAAAACUUAAUGUCACUUUUUGUUAUUCAUUUUUGGGAUAUAAGCUCUGUUUAAUAAUGCAGGAUCAGUUUAAUAAUACCAAAUAUGGUAAAAAGUAAGAUAUAUGCUAAUUAUAAUAAAAGCUAAUUAUAAUAUAAUGUAAUUGUACAUGUAUAUGAAUCAUAAAUCACACCAGCCACAUUUUAUAAUUAAAUUAAUAGUACAUGUAUCUAAUUUCGUGUACGUUACCGGAAGUGUUCAUUAUGGUAUAAAUUCCUAAAUCUAUUGUUCAUGUUACUAUGACAGUAUGAUGAUGUCAUGAUUUCCAUGACAACAACAACAAUGGAUUAAGGAAUUUUCAUAGGGAAGAUUGUUUUCGAAAUGUGACCUCAUUUAAAAUGCCAUAUAUGGUAAAAUUUUAUAUGUACAUUAUAAGCUCCAUAUAUGGUAAAAAAAUCUCAGUACAUGUACAUUAUAAGCAAAUCACGGUUAUAUUGAAGGCAAAUGUAAUUUUGCAUGUAUAAACAAGCUACACAAAAUCAUAUGUUUUCUAUGCAUGUAAGUGCUGGUCAUAUAUCAAUCAAUCUCUGCAUUAUAUUAUGCCAAAAAUAUAUGUAUGUAUUGUAUUGUAUAGCCACUGGGGAUUAAUACAAAUAAAUAUUUUAAAAGCUG